CUAUAAAUAUAGUUCUAGGUCGGUUUGGUUGGGGACAUUGGGUGAAAACUGAAGCAGUUCUCAGGUGCGCAAGAUUAGAUUUUUGUUCUUCUUCGAUUGGGAUCUCUAUUUGGUACGUUGAUUCAUUCUUCAAUUGGGUUAUCAUUUCUUUUUCAAUUGGGGUUAACUUGUAAAGAGAUUGUUGGACUGUUGAUGCUUUCUUUACUCGCAUUUGCUUUUUGAAAGAUUAUUGAAGCUUCCUGGAAACCCACUUAUGUGAUAAAAAUAUGAUCUUUUUCCUGGUCCAUUAACUCAAUUUUUGUGGUCUUAGGGUUGCUUAAGCUAAUUGGGUCUUUAUCUACACUUUUGGUGAUUUUAAUGGAGAAUCUUGUUGUGAUUUAUUGGAAAACUUUAAUGCUUCGUAAUGUAACCUGCGCUUAUUUCUCCAAUAAUUAAUUUGUAAAUGUAUUUGAAUGUUUUUUUCCUUAGAUUCCUGUAUAAAAUUGAAACAUUGCAAAGAUUUGUUGAAUUCAAAGAGGUUACAUUUUGGCAUUUGGGUUUCUUUCAUUUUUAUUUUAUUUUCAGCUCAUGGCUAAUAUUUAUCUUGGGUUUUUUUUAUCUGUUGCAGAGAAAACUAAGGUUUUUACUCUAAAGCUGAAAAUUUUCUAACAACUGGAAAUUUUUCAAGAAAAUGGCGUUGAAGGUAUUUCAAUGUAAUGGAUCAGAUCACCAAAAGCCAAUCGAGCUUGUAACUAGCACACGCAUCCUAGGGAGGAAAAGGAUCCUUGUGUUGAACAAAACGGAGGCAAUUUCCAAUUUGUCUUCUCCAUUCAGUACUCCUUUGCCAAAACGAAGGGGUCGAAGGGUUCAAUCUGGGGAAUUGAAUCGCCUCGAAUCCUUGCCUCAGGAUCUACUGGUUCGAAUAUUAUGUAAAGUGACCCACGAGGAUCUAAAGCAACUACUCCUAGUCUCGAAAUGUGUCAAUGAAGCGGCUCUGACCGCAAGAAAUUUUCAUUUUGCUUACACUACUCCGCGAACAAAGCCUGUCUUCAGGAAAGAUGAUGACUCAGGAGUUGAUGAUUUUGGAGACAGUAGAGAUGUCCCAAACGCACCAAUUCCACGCAGGAUGCCAAGGUCACGAAUAAAUUUUGAGAUCGAUAGCAUCGCUGUCAAUCUCUUCUCGGCACAUGAUUGAUGCGGUCGAAAUUGAUUGGCUGGAUACGUGUAGAUAUUUACAUGAUGAUCGGUGGCCAAAUAUUUGGGUUGGCUAGAGAGAAACAUUUAUGUGGCAUUUCAGUUUUCGUGCAUUAGGUUCCAUGUUUAGUAGGCCCUGUAAUUUAUUCUGUGUAAAGAUAUAGUACUAGCCGCUGUAUAGUAGUUGCCAUUCUUCAAUGUAUUUAUUGAAGAUCGUUGGCUUAUUAUGUGAUACUUGUAUUUAUUUAUUUUUAUAUAGUAACAAUAUAUAUUUGCUGCUGUAUAGAUAAUUUGCCGUAUCAAUGUAUAUUUUUUUUUGAAUAAUA